ACAUUAAGCGGAGCAGACCAAAAUCCCAAACAAGGAAAUGGUGGGGGAAUAAAACGAUCAGAUUAUUUAAUUAAUGCAUGUAAUAAUUAAUAUUUUAUUUUAUUGUAAAUUAAGAUAUAUUUAUGGGUUAAAAUGGAUUACGACUUCAAAACAAAGCUCGCGGCCGAUCGAGAGAAGGUGGAAGAUCUGUUCGAAUAUGAAGGUUGCAAAGUGGGUCGAGGCACCUACGGGCACGUUUAUAAAGCUAAACGCAAAGACGGGAAUGAUGAGAAGGAGUAUGCACUGAAACAAAUUGAAGGCACUGGAAUAUCGAUGUCUGCUUGCAGGGAGAUAGCGCUCCUGAGAGAACUGAAGCACCCCAACGUGAUCGCCCUGCAGAAGGUGUUCCUAUCCCACAGCGAUCGCAAAGUGUGGCUCCUCUUUGACUAUGCCGAGCACGAUUUGUGGCACAUCAUAAAGUUCCACCGGGCCUCCAAGGCCAACAAGAAGCCUAUGCAGCUGCCUAGAGGGAUGGUCAAGUCCCUCCUCUACCAGAUCCUGGAUGGCAUUCAUUACCUCCAUGCCAAUUGGGUGCUCCACCGAGACCUGAAACCUGCUAAUAUCCUGGUUAUGGGAGAAGGACCAGAAAGAGGCCGGGUCAAAAUAGCGGACAUGGGCUUCGCUAGGCUCUUCAACUCCCCACUCAAACCACUGGCUGACCUCGACCCGGUUGUGGUAACGUUCUGGUACCGGGCCCCCGAGCUGCUCCUGGGAGCGCGACAUUACACCAAAGCAAUUGACAUAUGGGCCAUCGGCUGCAUCUUUGCUGAACUGCUGACAUCAGAGCCCAUCUUCCACUGCCGCCAGGAGGACAUCAAAACCAGCAACCCCUUCCACCAUGACCAGCUGGACAGGAUAUUCAGCGUCAUGGGCUUCCCAGCAGAUAAAGACUGGGAGGACAUACGGAAGAUGCCGGAAUACCCGACGCUACAGAAGGACUUCAGGAGAACAACGUAUGCAACGAGCAGCCUCAUCAAGUACAUGGAGAAGCACAAAGUCAAACCAGACAGCAAAGUGUUUAUGUUGCUUCAGAAACUCCUGACGAUGGACCCCACCAAAAGAAUCACUUCUGAACAGGCACUGCAGGACCCCUACUUCCAGGAGGACCCUCUACCCACCUCGGAUGUGUUCGCUGGCUGUCAAAUCCCUUACCCCAAGAGAGAGUUUCUCAAUGAAGACGAACCAGAAGAGAAGACUGAAAAGAACCAGACGCAACAGCACCAGCAGACGACGACGCAGGCGCAAGGGCAGACGCAACAGCAGGCGACUGCGCCGCAGGCCCCCUCCCAGCAGAGCUCGGCGCAGACCAAUGGCACGACGGGGGGGGCGGCGGGCGCCAACGCUGGCGGCGGCCAGGACCAGGGGCCGCCCAACAAGAAACCUCGUAUCGGGCCCUCAGGGGCCACCUCAGGCACUGGAGUCCUGCAGUCGGAAUACCAGCACUCCAGCUCCCGCCUUGGUUACCAAAGCAACGUCCAAGGUUCCACCCAGUCGCAAGGCACCAUGGGAUACUCCUCGUCAUCUCAGCAGAGCUCGCAGUAUUCUCACCAGUCUCAUCGCUACUGAGACAGUGGACGGACCCAGGCUUGACCCAGGCUUGACCCUUGACCCUUGACCCCCAGCUGACCUCUCAGGCACCACUGAUACACGCCACACAGCUUGACCCACAUUGCACAUCAGUCUCUGAGAGCCUCUUAUGGUCACUCCUACUCCCACUACAUACUAUAACAGUGUAUCACUGUUAUUACACAACACACACACACACACUCUCUCUCACACACACACACACAUACUUUCACUAAUCCAAUCUAAUUCAGUAGUUUCCUUGUAACCAUAUGAAGUAGCUUAAGUAGUCUUUGGAGACAUAUCGGCCUGUAUUCUCAACAGACUCUUGUACUAAUGAAGCACCCCUAUUGGUGUUUGUUGUGCUGUACCAGGCUCUUGCAACCAAAAAGCAGAAGUACUCUACUGCUACCUUCAGCGGUCAGUCUGCCCACCCACUCCUGCAGUCGAUCCAGCCCAGCUGACCCGCUGAGCUCAUCACACACCAACACACACACACACACACACACACACACACACACACACUCACCUCCAUGUGCGCUUUCCCGAAUCAUUCCAGUAUUUUAGCUGACACUCCUCUGUUCAGGUUCGCUCUAGCAUUCUUCAGACACACACACACACACACACACACACACACACACACACACACACUUUAUGGGUCGGUAGCUGUCUCCGCUUGGGUCCUCGUUUCCCUGACCCACUGAGGGUUCUGCAAUAUGAACUCAACAUAGGAACCACAACAACAACAAGUGUUUCUCCAGUGGGGAAGCAGGAAGAGUUAAGAAUGUUCACCGACGAGGAAGAAAGAGGAGUGAGUCAGGUACCAACUUGGCAUCAGUGUACAAACAGUUGUUGACACACAACACGUACAUUAAAAACGAGACUUAUGAACCACAGCACUUACGUUUAAACAAAAGAAUACAUCCUUAGACAGGAUGGAUCUGCAGCUUGUCAUAUAUGUGUACUAUACAGAGCACCUUGUCUAUUUGUUGAAAAAACAAACAAACAAAAAAAAAAACAUGAGAGACUUUUUUUGCCUGGUUUUGCUCUGUUGAAGUUUACUAUAGUUAUUUGAAUCUUUUUGUUUUGUUUUUGCUUUGUUUGUUUUUGUAAAUACGAUACUGAUCUGAAAAAGCCCUUUACGGUGUGCAUAAUCUGCAGCAGGAGAGGAGAGGCGUCUUGCGUUUUGGAAAAGAAGAAAAGAGGCCGCUGAAUCUGCAUUUGAAGAGCUUCAUCGCAAUACAUGCAAAUACUGUACAAACAGCCCUUUUUUUUGCUGUUGGAAUUGCAAACAGCACACAAAACCAGACAAGAAGAGAAAACGAGAAAAAUGUCCAAAUAUCGCAUCAUUCUCAUGCACACGCCAUUUUGUUUUGAGUUGUGUCGGUUGGUUGAGAAUAUGCAGUCCCUUGGGGACGAUGUCCAGCGCCUCUCCUCCAUUGCCUUUUGUGUCUUCCACGCAUAAGAGAGCAGCCCCCAUUUCUCCCUGCCGUUCCCAGCUCACUGCACAGAGCGCGCUACCCUCUCUCCCUCUUUUUCUCUCUCUCUCUUUCACUCUCUCUCUCUCUCUUUCGCUCUCCUACAGUACUCUCUCUCUCCUCUCUCCGCAUGGUCAAUCUGAGGGUUAAGGAGACGUUCUCUCUCUCUCUCUCUCUCUCUCUCUCUCUCGCCAUGAAGAAAGUUUGAAUUUUGGAACAAGAACCUUGGCCUCCGCUUUGUUUCUUGUUCUGCCUUGUUGGUGUUCGGUCAGGUUUUAUUUACAGUCGAUGGGUAGAGGUGGGGGGAAAUAGGCUUUGGAACUGGUUAGACAAAGGUCAAAGUUCAGAGGUCACUGAAUGUGUUCAUCUCCCACACGGGGCAGCUAGCAGUUCCCACUGCUCCCCGGCCUGUUACCUCCUGAUGCUUUUGUGAAGCGUACUCUUUGUUUUAUUGUUUGUGAAUGUUAUCUCGGUUUUGCUUGAGGAAGAACAGUCUUGUUUUUUGUAUGACUCAGUUAAAGGGAUUGCACUGCUGACCUGAUGUCCAGCAAGGCCCAGGAACAACAGAAGGACACAGAGGUUCACCACCAAGAUCAUUAUUGCCUCCUUCGCUCUUUCUCUCUCUCUCUCUCUCUCUCUCUCUGUCUAUCUCAUUUCUAAAUCUCUCUCCUUCUUUUUGCCUCUCUCCUCCACUCACUCAGUGUCCCCUGGACAAAGCCCUGCCUGACUAACGGAGCACUGAACGGACACUCCAGUGGGCAGAGGGAAGCCCUGCAGUUUCCUGUGUCCGUGCUCCCUGCAGUUUCCUGUGUCCGCGCUCCCUGCAGUUUCCUGUGUCCUGUGGGAACGGUCAUUGGAAGGGGACUGCACUGCAACACAAAAGACACAGAAACCAGUGUCAAGUUUUAUCUUUUGGUUUGUUGGUUUUAGAAACAGACUCACUCCGAGUGUUUCUAUUGAGAGUUAGACCCUAGUGUUUCUAUUGAGAGCCCUUUAGGCCCUAGCGGCCUCAAGUGGACUUUGUGUCUGCACCUUUCAACAUGAUGGUAGCGGUCUGCUUCUUGUGGCCGUGUGAUGGAACCAACUGUCCUCUCCUGUUGUACAUCAAUCAAGAGACCUAGCAGAGGGUGUGCAGUUAUUUUCUUAUUUUUUAUAAUAAUUUGGCCCCCCAAAUGGCCUCCAUAUUCAUCAACACUGUCCUACUCUGGUGAUGUCUGGUUUUGGUGGCUCAUGAUUGACAGGAAAAGUUAAUAGGUUUUUAAAUGUUAGGGUUUGUUUUUGUUUCUGUUUGGGGGGGGGAAUACAAAACUCACAACUCUGAGGCUAGUCUGACUUGUCACGCCUGUGCUGGAGAUUUUCUCUCAGACUUCCUGUCAGCGCUGUCUAACUCUUAGCUAUCUCACCUCCAGUAGGCUGCUUUGGCAGCUCCUCAGUUGUGUACAGUUGAAAUGACGGAUUUCACCCGCCUCCAUGUCUGGAAGUCUGAUUACUCACGAAAGCAAAUGAUAUUUGUCUGUUUGCCCUCAGCCUCACACAGAUCCCCCCCCAUGUGUUUUACUUUAUGGCACAUGUGUUGAGGUGGAAGCCUGGCACCAGGUAAGCAAAAGGCACUGUUCCUUGUAGAUUUGAAAUAUUCAACAGUGAAGUUACAAUGUCCAUGGUGUAUCUAGCUGACAACUUACUGUAAAGAAAAUAUUGAUUUUUUUUUAAUUUGUUACUUUUGUUAUUUAUAUCUUUUAGAAAAUGCAGUCAGGUGCAUUGGCCAAGUGUCGUGAAAAAGCCCUCCAAAAACCAGUGGCGAAUUCUGGGACGCACGCCUAGAAAACCAGCAGCUUUUCAGAACAUUUGAGGUAUUUAUGCGUCUGCUCUUGAGUUUGGAAGAGCAUGGGAAUCAGCUGUAGUGCUCGAGGUUUUUCCAAGUCUAAGCGAGGUGAUCAAAAAAGUGUUACUCUGUACGCGGCCCUCCAUGCUCCAACAUCAGAGGAGACGUGACUCCAAUACAGGAUCUAUGCAAACAAACAAACAAACGACAACAAACAACAAAACAAACGAGAAAAGCUUUCGCUGGUGUCGCACCCUUUUGUCUUUUUGAGAGGCUGCACGUCACACAUUUCUAAUGGCUUAGAAACGUCUGUGGUUUUUCAGAUGAAUGGGAGCUCCCGAAUUGUAAUUGUAAUUUGAAAUCAUUGAGUAAUACGGCUGUUUUUUGUACAGUAUACUACGUUCCUGUGUUUCAUAACAGCCUAGUUGUAUUCUAUGUGAUAUAUUGUAAAAAUCACAUAAAAAAGACAAAAAAUGCAGAAUGCAUGUAUAUUAAAUAUACAAUUGUAUUUAUUGUUUACUCAUACAGUAUAUAUAGAGAGAUAUGCAGUAUAUAUUAUUAAAUAAGUUUAGAUAUUUCCUCUGCCUUAACCAGAAGGUGACCUCUGUGCACUAAGUAUCGCAAUUCUAAUUCUAACGUAGUAGCAGCUAAAUCUACCAGGUUUGGUCUUCUAAAGAUUUCUUCUGCUGUGGUGUGAUGUAUUAUGGGUAGAGGAUUCUCUGUCUCCCUGUUGGCUCGUCAGCUCUUAACAGUAUGCUUAAAACUGAUACUUCAGCGUCAGUAUGCUUCAACUGAUACAUCAGUAAGCUCUCUCUAGUCAUGUCCAUUUUAGCAUUCUUCCCGGGUGAACGUCUCGUUCGCUGCUUUCUAGUAAAGUAGUUAAAAGUAUGAAAAACUACAGAAUGCUGAUUUUUUUUUUUUUUUUUAAACAUCAGGAUGAUGAAAAGAAACCGUCUGCACCUGCACGUGAAAGAGGUUGGCUUAGCCCAUCGUCUGAGGCACCAUGGGGUGGCCUUUACUGGACGAGUGGUGGGGUGUGUCCCCCCCUCGGCUCCGUGUGUGUGUUGAAUAGCCAGUAGGGCGGGGGGGGGGGGCGGCGCUUGGUCCCGGCCUAGUGGUCCUGCUCUGAGGUUCUUUAAAAAAAAAAAAACGCGUCCUUAUCAGUGUGAGGCUGUGGCCGAGUAGCCAAUCAGAACAAGUUGUCAGGUUUAGACUGAACUUCAAAGCUCAGGGAUUAAAGGGUCUCCCCCAUCUCAUCUAUGUUGAUCAGUGUUGAUCCAGGAGGUCCUAAUGUGCAGCUGGUACAAGCUGGCUCGGUGCAGGUGCAACCAAGUGAAAGGAGUUUAUUUCAGAUUUCGGAGUAUGUCUAGAUUUUGUCCAUCUCUAAUGUAUUUUAUUGCCUUUGUAUGCAGAACUAAUUGAGCUUUUGCAAAAGCUUAUCUUCCAUGUAGUGUAGAUUUGAGUAGAUGAGCUUUAGCUGGAUGCAAGCCGUCUUCUCUCUCACUCAUUCUCUUUUUCUCUCUAGGACUCAAGACAACAGCAUUUCAAUUUUUUGGACAGUGCCUUUUUUGAGUCUGAGUGUUCAAAAACCUCGUAGUUGCCAUCUUGUGUCGUGACAUUCAGGAUUUUAUUAUGUUUUUCUUUCUCUCAUGCCUUGUCAUACAUGUCAUUAUUCUUUUUUCUCUUUUGUACCUUAGGAGCACUUGAUUUUAAACUUAAAUUCAUGGACAGUGGCAGCAAACAGCUAGAUAUCCAUUUUGACGUGAAACAUCCCAGUUUCUUCUAUUGCUGGGUAGAAAUAAGUCCAAGACAACAUAUUAUAUAUAUAUUUUUUUUUUCUUUUCCAAUAAAUUUGUCUCUCUCUCCUUGAUACACAGUUUUAACAUGCUGUAUAUAAGAACACAUUUUAAGAAUUUUCCAUUGAGACGUAUUGCUAUGAUAAUUGUCUUUUAAUGCACUGUUGCUGAAUUUAGUGGUAAAAAUUAAAAGUAUUUAAUGUUUUUUUAUGUCUUGUCUAGACACUAAAGAUAUGGCAGUUAUAAGACAGCUAUAAGCCAGACAAUACUCUUUUAAGGAGUUUUUAUAUAAAUGUAUAGAUAUAUAAAGAAACAUGAUAAUAGUACAAACAUGUGAAUCAUAGUGAGCCACACCAUUCGGCCUGUUCUUCACAUUUCCCACCUUUAGCAAAUUGUUGCAUGUGCUUGUCUGUACUCAAUCCAAAAUGUUAACACUUACAAUCCACAUGUACCACCAAUGGUAUGCACACAGACACUCAGUUGGGCAAAUGCACCCCGCAUCAACAGAAACCUCACAUUGUCCAAAGCCAUUUAGCAGGAUACACUGUUCUCUCAGGCUUACUGGAUCCGAUUGGUGCUAUUUCCCCUGUUUUGUUACUGGCAUUCUGAUUCUGAGAAUUUUGUAUUUAUCUUGUCAGAUCCUAUUAUGUGAUUGGUCUUCUAAAGUCAUGGAUAACAACCAAAAUCAUGUACUUUUUAUGACAUUGAUGUUAUUGUGAGAUUCCUUGGCAUCUACUGGCAAUAUGGUUUGGCUCAAUUUGUGACUGAUUGCCCUGAAAAGCAACAUAGCACACCCGCAAUGAAAAACUGUAUCAGUUUUGAGGUGUGUCCAAAGCAAAGUCCCCACACCAAUCAGAACAACGGAAUGUAGGUUGUGCUCCAGACCAAUCAGAACAACGGAAUGUAGGUUGUGCUCCGGAAUGCUCCUUAUUCUGCUCCAUGUUUUAUUAGUGUGACUUCAAGUGCCCCUCUGCCUGUUUGUGGUCUUGUACUGUACAUUGCAAAGGGACUUUGCAGAACCGAGUGGCUGUUGACUCACCCGCCUUUUCUGUGUUUCAGUGUCUGAAGAUGCACAUAAUGCUCACACACACAAACACACACACACACACACACACUCGCUCGACAUAGCCCAAAUGUAUUACUGCGUCACCAUAGCUUUGUUUAUAAGCCGAGGCCAUAGCUCAAUACAGGAAAUCGAUAUGAAAUAAUAAUGAUGAUGAUGAUAAUAAUAAUAAUUUAAAAAGACACAUUUAUACUCGUAUGGCUGCUUUAGCUAUGUUGUCCUAAUUUCACUGUACAAAUGACUGUUAAUGAGGAAAACGUCAUUAUUUAUUUUAUAUCCUCUAUUGUAAUAAAAACCUCUUUUGCUUCAGA